UUGACAAAGGGAGGGCGGGGGGUUGGAACAAAAUUCAUAAUGGACGGGAAACAAGAAGAGGACAGUUGCAGUAUUUAUCCAGCCGUUCUGCCCUCCAGAGAUGAGAUUAGGGCUCGGCUGCUGUACUUUUUGGAGGACCAGAUGCACACCAGUAUGUGGACUGGUGUGCUGAUUGGAUUGGCAGCUGCUAUCUCACUCAUUAGUGUUAUCAUAUUCUUGCUGUACAGAAGAUACAAAGCAAAACAGCAAACUGGAACCCCCAAGUAUCGCUUCAGGAAAAGGGAUAAAGUAAUGUUUUACGGACGAAAAAUAAUGAGAAAGGUGCAGACGUUAUCCUCCCCAGCCAAUUCAGGUCCAGUGUCUCAAAAACGAACCAGAAAGAGACCCAAAGUUCUUUCAAUUGCACGCAAGAUAUUGCGUAUUCGGCGGGAGCCACCCACUCUUGAGCCCAAAGAGCCACCUCCGUCAGUUCUGGAGGCAGAUUUGACUGAGUAUGACGUUCAAAAUUCUCACCUGCCUUCUGAGGUCCUGUACAUGCUGAAGAACGUCAGGGUUCUGGGUCACUUUGAGAAGCCCCUGUUCCUGGAGCUGUGCCGUCACAUGGUGUUCGUGGAGCUGCAGCAGGGAGAGGGACUUUUCCGGCCUGGAGACACAGACGACAGCAUCUAUGUGGUGCAGAACGGCCGACUGGACCUCUGUGUUAAUCAGAUGGACGGCACAGAGCUGGUGGUAAAGCAUGUUUUGCCUGGAGACAGCGUCCACAGUCUGCUUAGUAUCCUGGAUGUCAUCACUGGAUAUCCAGCCCCCUAUAAGACAGUAUCAGCCCGUGCUGCAGCUCCAUCCACCGUGCUCCGUCUCCCUGCUGCAGCCUUUCAGUCAGUGUUUGAGAAAUAUCCUGAAACUCUGGUCCGAGUCGUUCAGAUCAUGAUGGUGCGUCUGCAGAGAGUGACCUUCCUCGCCCUGCACAACUAUCUGGGGCUGACCACCGAGCUGUUUAACCCGGGGAGUCAGGCCGUUCCUCUAGAGAAUGUGGCCAGGGUGCUGGGUGACGGAAGCCCAGGCCGAAGCCAUCACAGACACUCGCACACUGGAGAGGAAGCUAUAGCUGAGAAACUUGCUUACGGAAGCACAGAGAAGCAAACCGAUGCAGGUGAUGGGAAGCCCAGACUGAUGCAGAGUCCCUCAGCAGCCUUCAGGAAAUCUCGUUCCAUGUCCACUCCAUUAGAAAGCUCACUUUCAGCAGGAGGCAGUGAUCUCAACACUGCCUUUGAAGAAAUGACUGUUCAGAAAACUGAACUCUCUUCAAAUCCUGUAGUGUAUAAGUCAAUUCUGAAGAAAACCGUGACCAUGCAGCCUGCUCCCUCUGCGGUGUACCACUACUCUGACACUGGGGGGCACUCCGGCCACGUCCACCACAACAAAGUCAACGCCAUCUUUCAGGCUGCCAAGAAAGACCUGCUCAAGAUCAUUCAGCUCCAGGACCCAAGUCUUCUGGAAGGCAGAGUUACUCUGAGACAAGUGAAGGCUGGAAGUGUAGUAGCAAACCAAGGAGACCAGGAUGUGAGCAUGCAGUUUGUGAUCUCUGGCAUGCUCCAUGUAUACCAGCGGAUGAUUGACAGAGAAGAGGACUUGUGCCUGUUUGUGACUCACCCGGGUGAGCUGGUGGGUCACCUGGCUGUGCUCACUGGAGAACCGCUCAUCUUCAGCGUGCGCGCUCACCGUGAUUGCAGCUUCCUAUCCAUCUCCAAAACGCACUUUUAUGAGAUCAUGCGUGAGGAGCCACAGGUGGUGUUGAAUGUGGCUCAUACGGUGGUGUGCAGAGUCUCGCCCUUCGUCAGACAGAUUGAUUUUGCGCUGGACUGGAUGGCAGUGGAGGCUGGAAGGGCCGUCUAUAGGCAGGGUGAAAAGUCAGACAGCACCUUCAUCGUGCUGAGUGGUCGUCUGCGCUCCGUCAUCAUGAGGGAGGACAAGAAGAAAGAGCUGGCUGGAGAGUACGGGAGAGGUGACCUCAUUGGCGUGGUGGAAGCUCUGACCCAUAUGAACCGAGCCACUACAGUUCACGCAGUGAGAGACUCCGAGCUGGCCAAGCUGCCUGAAGGAGCACUGAUCUCCAUCAAAAGAAAAUACCCUCAGGUUGUGACUAGGCUGAUUCAUCUCCUCGGUCAGAAGAUCCUGGGAAACAUGCAGCAAGUCAGUGGACCGUUAUCAGCUCAUGGUCUGGGUCUGCACUCUUCUGGCAGUAAGUGGGAUGCAGGUAAUCCUGUCUCCAACCUGUCCACCGUUUCCAUCCUACCUGUUUCUGAUGACGUGCCCAUGACAUCCUUUGCCCUGGAGCUGCAGCACGCUCUCAGCGCUAUUGGCCCCACUUUACUCCUGACCAGUGACAUCAUCAAACAGCGCCUGGGUGCCGCAGCACUUGACAGUGUUCAUGAGUAUCGGCUCUCCAGUUGGCUGGGCCAGCAGGAGGACAUCCACAGGAUUGUUGUGUACCAGUCAGACAGCACGCUGACUCCGUGGACCCAGCGCUGUAUCCGCCAGGCCGACUGUAUUCUUAUUGUGGGUCUGGGAGAGCAGGAGCCCACUGUAGGAGAGCUGGAGCAGAUGUUGGAGGGCAGCGCAGUUCGGGCUCAGAAGCAGCUGGUGCUUCUGCAUCGGGAGGACGGACCUCCACCUAGAGGAACAGCUGAGUGGCUCAAUAUGCGCAGCUGGAUCUCCAGACACCUGCACCUGUCAUGCCCUCGCAGGGUUUUCAGCCGUAGGAGCCUGCCCAAACUGAGAGAGAUGUACCAGCGUGUGUUUGAGAAGCCCCCAGACCGCCACUCUGAUUUCUCUCGCCUGGCUCGAUUGCUGACAGGCAACGCCAUAGCCCUGGUGCUGGGGGGAGGAGGUGCUAGAGGCUGUUCUCAGGUGGGCAUCAUCCGGGCUCUGUGUGAAGCAGGGAUCCCUGUUGAUCUGGUGGGAGGCACUUCUAUCGGCUCCCUGAUGGGGGCGCUGUUUGCCGAGGAGAGAAGCUACAGCCGUAUGAGAGUCAGAGCACGUGAAUGGGCCAUAGAGUUUGGGUCGAUGUUUAAGAAGAUCCUGGACCUGACAUAUCCAGUGACCUCCAUGUUUACUGGGGCAUCCUUUAACUCCAGCAUCGGUGCAAUGUUUAAGGACAAACAAAUUGAGGACCUCUGGAUUCCAUACUUUAACAUCACUACAGAUAUCACCGCCUCUGCCAUGAGAGUGCACACUGAUGGCUCUCUGUGGAGGUACGUACGUGCCAGCAUGUCUCUCUCAGGCUACUUGCCUCCACUCUGUGACCCGAAAGAUGGACACUUACUCAUGGACGGUGGCUAUAUCAAUAACCUGCCUGCUGACGUAGCUCGCUCGAUGGGUGCCAAAGUAGUGAUUGCGAUUGACGUGGGCAGCCAGGAUGAGACCAACCUAACCAACUACGGAGACUCUCUAUCCGGAUGGUGGCUGCUAUGGAAACGCCUGAACCCUCUAGCGGAGAGAGUGAAGGUGCUGAACAUGGCGGAGAUCCAGACACGGCUGGCCUACGUGUGCUGCGUGCGUCAGCUGGAACUGGUAAAAGACAGCGAGUACUGCGAGUACAUCCGACCUGCUAUUGACCGCUACGGCACUCUGGAGUUUGGCAAGUUCGACGAGAUCGCCGAUGUAGGCUAUCAGCAUGGGAAGACGGUGUUUGACGUGUGGUGCCGCAGUGGUGUGGUGGAGAAAAUGCUGAAGGAUCGACAUCAGGAGGAGUUCCACAAGAGCAAGAGCACUAAUGUGGUGACCUGCCCCAAUGCCUCGUUCACUGACCUGGCUGAGAUCGUGUCCCGGAUAGAGCCGGUGAAGCAGGCCAUAGUGGAUGAGGAAUCGGAGUAUCACACAGACUACGAUGAGGACAUGGUGCUGUCCGACUUUGAGCUGUCCAAUGCCAGCAGUGAGCACGAGCACACGGAGGAAGAGGACGAGAAUACAGAAGAGACAGCUGACACCGCCGAUACAGAUGAAGACAUCAAGAUGGUGAGAAGACAAAGACGGCACCGGAACACCAAUCACACGAGCCAUGAUGCGCAUUGAGGAAGGAGUGAGGAUACUAGGGGUGUAACGAUCAGACGAUUUGGAUUAAUGCAUCGAUUUAAAAGGCAAUGAUUGAAAUAAAUCAAGACAUUAAGUAUACAUUGAUCAUUAUUGAUUAUCAUUAUCAAUGGUGUAUAGAAAUAAUUCAUGAUUUUAAAAUUGAUAUAUAAAUAGGCUACUACGGUGAUUGGCCCGUAACCCCGAUAUUUUUAAAAUAGUCCUUCUCUACAACGUCAUUGUUCAUGAAUUACCAGUAGGCCUAACCCUGAUUCCGAACAAAGUCAGUGAAAUAUCGAUCAGAGGCUACUAAAUUGAAUCAUAUCAUAUCAUAGCAGAUUCAGUGGUAUCAUCAAAUAUUGAAUCAUUGCCUUAAGAAUCAUAUUAUGUUGUAGCAGAUUCAGUGGUAUUGUCAGAUGUCAAAUCGUUGCCUUAUGAAUCAAAUUCGUAUCGUAUCAUGUGGAAGCCUGAGGUUUACACCCCUAGAGGCUACAUCCCUGACUUUUGCACAUACCUUAGGUAAAACAGUUGUUAAUUCCAGGAAGGACGGAUGGUAAUUUCAUUUACUAUUACAAAGCAAAAAGGGAAGGUAAUGUAAUUUGUUUCAGUGUUAAUGCAUCCUGAGUUAAGUGAACAGGAUAUAUACGGACAAACUGGUUUUAAAGCAAUCAGUGUGUCAAAUAGUUUCAUGUGAAAUCAUACCUACAGUUCUGGCUGCAGUUUUGCACAAUUCAGUGUUUUACGCACAUCAUGAAGGGUUUCAGAGUUAGUGGACAAAAACUCAAAAAAAAAAAAAAAAAAAGUGGCCAGUGUUGUGAUCUUACAGAUCUGAAACUGUGUGCCUUCUAUAGAUUAAAGGGAUACUCCAGUGAUUUUCACUCUAAUCUCUAUCCACCUCAUCUGUAGCAUAUGCGUUAUUACUAAAGAUAAGAAAUUCAACAAAAUUCUCUGUACUUGAAAACUGACAGAAUAAAAAAAUUAGUUUCGUGUAAAUGUUUAGCAACUGCCCUUAGUCUUUGAUUCUAAGUGAGUUUUGAGUAAACGAGAUAUUUGUUAUUGUCCUAAUACAGAAAAACGUGUUGAAAUUCUUUCCCAUGGUAGUUGCACAUACUGUACAGAUCCAGUCGAUGCAGAUAAGGUUGAUAAACUCUUGAGUAUCCCUUUAAUACUAAAUAUCUGACUCCUAGAUAAGCUGCUGUACACACAAAUACAUAUCGCACAAACCUUUGUGCUCUGGUUUCUCAUUUCUAAUAGCAUUUCUAAUGCAAGUCAAUCAAUGCAAUUUUUAUAUACAUUUUAGCUGCUCUUUUUGUAUACCAUUUGUUUUGUUUAUGUCUGUGAUUGUUAAUCGAUGAAAAAAAGAUCUUUAGUGAGUCUGUUUGUGUUGAUUGUAAUGUAAUAAUGUAGUGUGUAACUGACAUUCAUGGUGUUAAAGUAGACAGUGUUUCAGUAUUAUUUAUCACAUGGGGAAUUGCUAUAUGGUCUACCUGGAUCUGACUCUGUUUUUAAUACAGGGCUUUACAUUUCAGAUAUGUGGUCUGUUCUGUUGAACCUCUCCAAACUAAUAUGUCCUGACAAUAAAAAAAGAAAAUAUGA